CGUCUGUCAAAGAUGGACGGUUUGUUUUCCAUGAGUGCAAAGUAUGUUUAAGUGCAUAAGCCGAACGGCCCAGUUUAGAAGAUAUCUCCAUCCUGCCGACACCACGUUCUAUUGCCACCAAAAUUUUCGGCUGGUGUCUUCCCAUCCACUCAAAAUGACGGACCCAGCAGUGAAGAGGGUGAUCAGUGACAUCAUUCGCUCUCCAGAGGACAAGCGGGUAUAUAGAGGAUUGGAGUUCACCAAUGGCAUGAGGGCCAUGCUCAUCAGUGACCCAACAACAGAUAAAUCCUCCGCCGCUUUGGAUGUUCACAUAGGGUCAUUAUCGGAUCCUGCGAACAUCUCAGGUCUGGCACACUUCUGCGAACACAUGCUCUUUUUGGGAACAGAGAAGUAUCCCAAGGAGAAUGAAUACAGCCAGUUCCUGAGUGAACAUGCAGGCAGCUCCAAUGCCUUCACCAGUGGAGAACAUACAAACUAUUACUUUGAUGUGUCUCAUGAGCAUUUACAAGGAGCCCUUGAUAGGUUUGCCCAGUUCUUUUUGUGCCCUCUGUUCGAUGAGAGCUGUAAGGACAGAGAAGUGAACGCUGUAGACUCUGAGCACGAGAAGAACCUCAUGAAUGAUGCCUGGAGACUGUUUCAGUUGGAGAAAGCAACUGGCAACCCAAACCAUCCUUUUAGUAAAUUCGGAACAGGUAACAAGUUGACGCUCGAGACAAGACCAUCUCAAGAAGGCAUCGACGUCCGACAGGAGCUGCUGAAGUUUCACUCUACGUUCUAUUCCUCAAAUCUCAUGGGACUGUGCGUGUUAGGUCGAGAGUCAUUAGACGAGUUGACCUCUAUGGUUGUUAAUCUGUUUGGAGCUGUGGAGAACAAGAACGUGCCUAUCCCAGAAUUCCCUGAGCAUCCUUUCCAGGAAGAACAUCUGAAACAAUUCUACAAAGUUGUGCCUAUCAAAGACAUCAGGAACCUCUAUGUGACGUUCCCCAUCCCAGAUCUGCAGAAGUACUACAAGUCAAACCCAGGACAUUAUCUGGGACACCUGAUUGGUCAUGAAGGACCAGGAAGUUUGUUGUCUGAGCUCAAAUCUAAAGGCUGGGUGAACACACUUGUCGGGGGGCAGAAAGAAGGUGCUAAAGGAUUCAUGUUCUUCAUCAUCAACGUGGACUUGACAGAGGAAGGACUCUUGCACGUGGAGGACAUCAUCUUCCACAUGUUCCAGUACAUCCAGAAGCUGCGGACAGAGGGGCCACAGGAGUGGGUCUUCGACGAGUGCAAGGAUUUAAAUAAAGUGGCGUUCAGGUUCAAGGAUAAGGAGCGGCCGCGUGGAUACACAUCCAAAGUGGCUGGUUUGUUACACUACUAUCCUCUGGAAGAGGUCCUGGCAGCCGAGUACCUGCUGGAGGACUUCAGGCCAGAUCUGAUCGAGAUGGUACUGGACAAGCUGCAGCCACAGUUUGUCAGAGUUGCUGUUGUGUCAAAGUCAUUUGAAGGACAAACGGAUAAAACAGAGGAGUGGUACGGCACGCAGUACAAACAGGAGGCCAUUUCUGAAGAGACCAUAAAGAAAUGGGCAAACGCAGACCUUAACGGCAAGUUCAAACUACCUAUGAAGAAUGAAUUUAUACCGACCAGCUUUGAGAUCUACCCUCUGGAGAAAGACUCUCCUUGUGUCCCAACACUGAUCAAGGACACUGCAAUGAGCAAGGUUUGGUUCAAGCAGGAUGACAAGUUCUUCCUGCCCAAAGCCUGUCUGAACUUUGAGUUCUUUAGCCCGUUUGCGUAUGUGGACCCGUUGCAUUGUAACAUGGCAUAUUUAUACCUGGAGCUCCUCAAGGACUCCCUCAACGAGUAUGCAUAUGCAGCCGAGCUAGCUGGCUUGAACUAUGACCUCCAAAAUACCGUCUAUGGGAUGUAUCUCUCUGUCAAAGGUUACAAUGAUAAGCAGCACAUCUUGCUGAAGAGGAUUAUUGAGAAGAUGGCCACGUUCGAGAUAGACGAGAAGCGCUUUGACAUCAUCAAGGAAGCGUACAUGAGGUCCUUGAACAACUUCCGAGCCGAGCAGCCGCACCAGCACGCCAUGUACUACCUCCGUCUCCUGAUGACUGAGGUCGCCUGGACCAAAGACGAGCUCCGAGAGGCUCUGGAUGAUGUAACUCUCCCACGCCUCAAGGCCUUCAUACCUCAGCUGUUGUCACGGUUACAUAUUGAAACCCUUCUCCAUGGCAACAUCACCAAGGAGUCGGCCCUCGGUAUGAUGCAAAUGGUGGAGGACACGCUGAUCGAGCACGCUCACACCAAGCCCCUCCUGCCGAGCCAGCUCAUCCGCUACAGAGAGGUGCAGGUUCCGGAUGGCGGCUGGUACGUGUAUCAGCAGAGGAACGAGGUGCACAACAACUGUGGCAUCGAGAUCUACUACCAGACCGACAUGCAGACCACUCACGACAACAUGCUGCUGGAGCUCUUCUGCCAGAUCAUCUCCGAGCCCUGCUUCAACACACUGAGAACCAAAGAACAACUUGGCUACAUCGUGUUCAGCGGCCCCAGACGGGCCAACGGCGUCCAGGGCCUGCGCUUCAUCAUCCAGUCAGAGAAGGCGCCUCACUACCUGGAGAGCCGCGUGGAGGCUUUCCUCUGCACCAUGGAGAAGGCGGUGGAGGAGAUGAACGAGGAAGCCUUCCAGAAACACAUCCAGGCUCUCGCCAUCCGCCGCCUGGACAAACCCAAGAAGCUGUCGGCCGAGUGCGCCAAGUACUGGGGCGAGAUCAUCUCUCAGCAGUACAACUUCGACAGAGAUAACAUCGAGGUGGCCUACCUGAAGACUCUGACCAAGGACAGUGUCAUGCAGUUCUACAGGGAGCGGCUGACCGUCGGUGCUCCGAAGAGACACAAGGUGUCGGUCCACGUUCUGUCCAGAGAGAUGGACUCUUGUCCCAUCGUCGGAGAGUUCCCUGCGCAGAAUGACGUCAACCUGGCGCCCGCUCCAUCUCUGCCUCAGCCGUCGCUGGUCCAGGACAUGACGGAGUUCAAGCGCAGCCUCCCGCUCUUCCCGCUGGUCAAACCUCACAUCAACUUCAUGGCGGCUAAACUGUGAGCGACAACUGGCCGCGGCGCUCGGAUCGUCGGGACGACGGAGCGAGCGCGAGCAGGCACGUGCGUGUGUGUGUGCAUGUGUGGCAGGCUGGAGCCACCAGAAUCAAACGUGUUUGAAUUUCAAGUUAGUCGUGGCCGUAGCAGUGAGGUGGGCGGCGGGCAGGGAGCGUCGCCGCCGCGCCGCCAUGAAGGUUCACCCGUCGGCCUGGUAGCUCAACUGUGGAAAUAUUUUACUGAGACAUUUUAACGGAUGCAUCCGAAGACGGUCUGCCUUAUAUUUAUCCUUUUUUUAGUUUUCAUCACCGCGCGGCAGCCGUUAAAACGCUGGAGCCUUUUAACUCCAUCCUUAAAUCCCGCCGUAGAAUCUCAGGGUUUGACUUCAGUUUCACCCCCAAAUGUUCCUUCUUCACCCCAAGAGGUUGCCCAUAUAUGCACUUCUGUCACUCCAGCAAUAAACCCGAGUCCAACAGCGCCCCCUGCUGAGUAGCAACCGGCGGCUCAAGAUGAUGUCAAAAGUUCAUCGCUCACUUCUUCCCCCCCCAUUUGACCGUCGCUCCAGCGUUUUAGCGUCUCACCGGGAUCCACACUUUUAAUGACGACUCGACAGGUUUUUAUAUUUUAUUUGAACAUGACUUGAGUCACAGGCCGCUGUCACCGAUGUUUUAAGAUUGUCUUGUGUUUAAUAAAAGACUGAAUGUAAAAAAAAAAAAAAAGUUUGUUUGACUCAUGGGACGAGUCCACAGGAGCUGGCGUGUCCUAACAAGGAAUCAAGCUCUCCGUUUCAUGAAGUGGCUAUUGCCGACUACACUGAAGCGUAACAUUAUGACCACAUGCAGCGUUAAGCUUUUGCCUGAUACUGAUCUGACAACUAGUGAUGGGCUUAUGAGGCUUCG